AGUCCUAUAAAACAUAUGGAUGACAAUCGCGGCGAUUCCUUUUUUCUUCCAUCCAUUCUCUAUAAUCACCAUGAAAUAUUUGUCUAUUUUAUCAAUCUUCACACUUUCAAUGUUCCAUAUCCACUGCCAACAACCCUUGCCACUAUCCCAAUCUCCUAGUUAUUAUGGAGAAUUUCAAGGAGCAAAUCUUGGAUAUCCUCCAAUUCCCAAUCUACUUCCACAAUUUCAAGCGAUGAAUUUUAUUGGAGCAACUACAGAACCGAGACGUACAAUUCCAAAACAAGCAGAUGGAACCGAUUGUCCAAUGCCUCCUGAAUGUGGUUGUCUUUGUGGAAGAAGUGGAAGGAAGAAGAGAGAGACUGGAGAAUUUUGGAAGAAUACCGAGGAACCUGAAUCUGAGAUUAGAUGCACAUCUGGAAAGUUGAGAAGAGUUGUCGAGAAGGCAAUCUCCAAGGCGACCAAAGAAGGAAUUCAAUUCGAUCUUGGUGUGAACUCUCUCACCAAUUAUGUACUUUUUUGUCAAGCGGAGAAAUUCAAAAAUCUGCAAUUUUCGACGGAUUCCACAAAAUUCUGCCAAGUAUCUCGUGGUCCAGUGAACUGCUUGAUCAUUCAGCAUUAAAAAUACUUUAAACAGGAGUUCAGCGUCAAAUGUUCAAAAUUGACCGUGAUGUUUUAUCGGCUUAUAACAAUUUAUCAGUUGUUAUCAAUACAUAUAACUUGUAUGGUUUAUUUUGGGUAAAUGAAAGUAAAUUUGAACUUGUGAAAUUGUGAUGUGAAACAAAUUUUCUAAAAAAUAUAAACACUUUAUAAU